GAAGCACUGAGCAGUCUAGAAAUAUAAAACUAUGUGCUCCGUAAUAAAAUAAAUAAGUUCAGCAAGACGUACAUUUGUGAACACUUAUGUUCAGUUCUAUUGCUACAAUUUUUUCUUGUCUUUUUUGUUUUUAGUAUUGUGGAUAUUACUCAGUGGUGCAUGAUAAUUCAGAGGAAAGCAGAUGGAUUUCCAGAUGAUUACCCAUACAACAAAUGGGCCGGCCCAUUCAGAACCUCACCGACAAAAAUCCAAACAUAUUUCUACUUUCCAUGGAGAAUGUGAAGAGAAAGAAAAAAAAUCUGCUUUUCAAAACUUUGAAACAAAUUUUUCAAACAUAUAUGGGUCAGAUUUGUUGCCAGCUUGGAAUGGUGAGGAAUGCACCAAACAUUUUCUUCAUGAAGUAGUCGAUAUUAUCUUCAGUUAUAUCAAAAAGGCCGUUGACAGAAAGAGCAAAGUGCUUGAUUUCCACCAUCCACAUCAGCUUCUGGAAGGGCUAGAAGGCUUCAAUUUGGAACUCUCUGAUCACCCUGAACCUCUGGAGCAAAUUCUUGUAGACUGCAGGGACACCUUGAAAUAUGGUGUUAAAACAGGACAUCCCCGUUAUUUCAACCAACUUUCCAGUGGCCUUGACAUUAUAGGACUUGUUGGAGAAUGGUUGACAGCUACUGCAAAUACAAACAUGUUUACAUAUGAAAUAGCACCAGUAUUCAUCAUAAUGGAGGAGAUCCUGCUGAAGAAAAUGCAGGAAAUUAUUGGAUGGGAAGAAAGGGACUCAGAUGGCAUAUUUUCUCCAGGGGGAAGCAUAUCAAACCUCUACAGUGUUUUAGUUGCUCGCUAUAAAUACUACCCUGAGAUUAAAACCAAAGGCAUGGCAGCCCUUCCAGAGAUCAUAUUAUUUAUUUCUGAACAUAGUCACUAUUCUAUAAAAAAGGCAGCAGCAGUUGUGGGAAUUGGGAUGGAUAAUGUUAUUGCUAUCAAAUGUGAUGAAAGAGGGAAAAUGAUUCCAUCCGAACUGGAGGAAAAUAUUAUCAAAGUCAAGAGACAGGGAAAAAUACCACUGUAUGUUAGUGCCACAGCUGGGACAACAGUCUAUGGAGCUUUUGAUCCUCUUGUCAAUAUUGCUGACAUUUGUGAAAAAUACAAUCUUUGGAUGCAUGUGGACGCAUCAUGGGGAGGUGGUUUACUAUUGUCAAGAAAGCAUUCCCAUAAAUUGAGCGGCAUUGAACGAGCCAACUCUGUUACAUGGAAUCCUCACAAACUGAUGGGUGUUCCGCUACAGUGCUCAGCUUUUUUAGUCCAUGAAAAGGGUCUUCUCCAAGCCUGCAAUCAGCUCUGUGCUGACUAUCUCUUCCAACCAGACAAGGUUUAUGAUACAGUUUAUGACACCGGAGACAAGACAAUCCAGUGUGGCCGACAUGUUGAUGUCUUCAAACUAUGGUUAAUGUGGAGAGCUAAAGGCACAGGAGGAUUUGAAAUUCUUAUCAACGAAUUUUUGGAACUUGCAGAAUAUCUUUACAAGGAACUCAAGACAAGAAAUAACUAUGAGCUGGUUUUUGAUGCUGAGCCUGAAUUCAGCAAUGUAUGUUUCUGGUAUAUCCCACCAAGUCUUCGACAUAUCCCAAAAGGGCCAGAAAGAGACAAAAGACUUCAUCAGGUUGCUCCAAAAAUGAAAGCAAGGAUGAUUGAAGAAGGCACUACUAUGGUUAGCUAUCAACCUUUGGGGGACAAUGUGAACUUUUUCCGAAUGGUCUUCUCCAAUCCAGCAACCAAAAAAUCAGAUGUUGAUUUCCUCUUGGAAGAAAUUGAAAGGCUUGGGAAGGAUUUAUGAUAAUCUGAAAAAAAAAAGUAUUAUUAGUAUUGUGGUCAGUCUCUACAGCAGUGUUUCUCAACCUUGACAGCUUUAACAUGUUUGUACUUCAGCUCCCAGAAUUCCCCAGCUAGCCCUCUUGACAAUUCUGGAAGCUGAAGUCCACAUUUUAGAGUUAUCAAAGUUGAGGAACACAAAUUGACAAGAGUCUGUGGUUAUUAUUUUCUUUUCAUAAAAGUGCUGUGCUGUAGUUUCCUUUCAUUUUGCUAUUUGUUGAAGUGAAAUUCAAAGGUUUGAAACAUACUGAGAAGGGAGUUACAGUAGAUCUGAUGAAAUACACCAUUUUCCAAGAAACUUGUAUUUGUAUGUUAAGUGGGUAAAGAAUCUUAUAUGUCUUUUUACUCAAAGCAGUGAGCAUUGUUUUUGCAUAAGCUUAAAAACUUCAUGUGAUCCUGCUGUGAUGUAUGAUCAUUUAAAUCCCCAAAGGUAUAUUAUGUGUGAGAAUCACCAUGCACAAUACAAGCACUGGGUGUUUUAAAAACCCCACAUAGACACAUCUCAUGGCACUAUGUUCAGGGUCGAGAUAGAUCCAAGACUGCAGUCCUUCUCACUGCACUCCACUAAACCAAUGAUUAUCAGAAAUACAGUUAGUCCUUGACUUACAAUGAUUCAUUUAGUUACGGUUCAAAGUUACGAUGCUGGAAAAACUGACUUUUGACCAUUUUUUACACUUAUGAUCAUUGCAAUAGCCCCAUGCAGUGGUUGCAGCAGUGAUCAAAAUUUGGAUGCAAAGACAAAGUGGAAAUGAAAAAAAAAGGACUACAACUAGAAGUAAUCCUGCAUAAUAAAGAUUAUUUGGAUCCCUUUCAGUCAGGGCUCAAGCCUAGGCAUGGGGCAAAAACACAUUGGUCAUUGGCAGGAUGUGGGUGAGGAUGGCACACUUCUCUUAGUCCAAUACUUUUGGAAAUGCAUGCACUAAAUAGACACAACCUAGUCAGAAAGGAUGCCCACUUCCUAUGAGACCAAGAGACAAGCAGGCAAAACCCCCAAAGAUGGCUUUCUUGGUAGCAACUCCAUCACUUCAGAGUACCUUAUUCUAGAAAGUCAAGAUGCUGUUCCCAUUCAGUAAUUAGAAAGAUGGUUAGGAAUUCGAAAGUUUUUCUUCAUGGGGCAUUUGAAUGGAAGAGCAGUGACAGCAUAGGUAAUGAUUGCAUUGAUAUUAAUGGAUUGAUUUUACAUUGAAUGUUGAUUUUAGUGCUUGUAAGCCAUUAGAGCCUAGUCAGUAGGUUAAGUAGCACUAAGUUAUUGUAAUUAAAUCAAUAAAAUCAAUAGAGAUUGUUUAA